AUGGAUUCGGAUUCCGAACAACAAGAGGAAGAGGAGGAGAAAAAAGAGACAAACAACGCGUUCUCGAGAGCGUUUACGAGUCUGCUGAAAAAAGGACAAAAGAAAGAGGAAUCCGACGACGAGCUGUCCGAGGAAGCGAACGAUAUCGACGAUGGGAGGAAGAGAGGUGAUGAUGCCGUCAUCCUUCCGGAAUCGAAAUCGCGACAGACGGAACGCGCGCUUCUCCGCUUGGAAUCGCAAAAGAGGAAGCGAGAACGUAUAGAACGGUUGAGAGUGAAAGAGAAAGGGCACUUCGUGCCGUCUAAAGUUGGGGCUGAUAUUGAAGAGGAUUUGAAAGAAAAGCGGUUGAAGAAAACCGCCACGCACGGCGUGGCGCAGUUGUUCAACGCCAUCGCAAAGGCGCAGAAGAAUCAGAAUACGAGUAGUAGCGCGAAUACUAGUUUAGGAGGAGGAAAGACCAAGGCGAAGUUUUUAGCGGAGUUGAAGAAAGAUUCAAACGAAAACACGAAAAUGACAAACACGGAAGAGGAAAAGGAUAAGAAGAAGAGGAAAGUGUGGGAAGUUCUUGCCGACGAUUACAUGAUGGGGAGAGGCAAGAUGAAAGAUUUCGACAACGCCAACGGGUUUUUCGAUAAGCACAAAAACGCGGGGAAGAACGACGACGAUGGGCGUUUACGAGACGGUGAGGACGAUGACGACGACGACGACGACGUAUUUUGA